UUAAAAAGAAACUUUUGAACGAAAAAGUAGAAAGCAAGAGAAACGUAUUCUUAAUUUUACGCAUUGUUUUGCGUGGCAAGGCUCAACACCAGGAGGAGCACGAAGGGGCGAAAGAUGCGCAUGCAGAUGUGCUGAAACUUUUGACUGCAAGGAUUGCCUAUAGAUACAUAGGGCAUAAAGGAGAAGGAGGAGGGAAGGAGCAAGAGAAGAGGAGCCCCAGGCAGUGUUUGAGCAACUAGGAGUGCAAAGACGUGAUCCGAGGCUGGUACACAUCACACCAAGAGACAAGAAAACAAACAUUUGAGAAUGGCAGAGGAAGAGGAAACGAGAGAAGUCCUCUUCCCACAAUGGAUGGGUGCAGACAAACAUGGCCUUACCAUUGAACAGUCUGGUGAGGGUGACAUUUUUGUCAAGGAGGUGAAAACCGAGUCCCCAGCUGCUCGCACAGGGAGAGUCCAUGAAGGUGACCAGAUUGUGGGUGCCACCAUCUACUUUGACAAUAUGAGCUCAGAUGAAACAGCAGAGCUUCUCAAGACUCUCAAUCGCCACAAAGUUGGACUCAAACUACAGAACCGAGGAGAUAAAUCACCUUGCCGCUCCCCUGUAGGCACCCUUACUUUGGAGAGUAGGAGCCGAUUUGGGAGCUCCAGUCCCGAAAUUAUACUGAGUGGAGAUGAUGAAGACUAUAGGAGAAUCUACACCAAGAAAAUCAAGCCCAGGCUGAAGUCUGAGGACCUGGCUGAGGGAGUGGAUGUGCGCACAGAACGUCACAGCAGCACUAGCAGUGAUGGAAGCACCAUCACCACCAUCACCCGUCGUAUAACCACCUACACUGUGGACGUGCCAGGGGACUCUAGCCAGCAAAUUGACCUCUCCAGCCCAGAAUUCAAGAUUAAGGUCCCACGCCAUGAGCUGUCAGGGGAAACAGAUACUGGUUAUACUUCAAUCAGAGGGCCACACACCAUCUACGGAGGUACAAGAGGAACCGCAGAAGGUGCCCAUGAAGUAGAGGACAUCACAUUCACAGCACCACAAGUCUCUGGUUCCUCUGAGAAGCACUGGAGCACGAAGACAACUACUAUUAGUAGAGAGGUAGAGGGAGAUGGCAAAGAGCUGAGAUUCAAAGUUCCUGGCUUUGGCAUUUCAAGUGAUAAGUUACAGAAGGAGAUCAACAUCUCUGGAGGGACCCAUCAAGAUGAGACCAGUAUUCGCGGUCCAGGUACCAAUGUGACAGUCAGAGAGACUGUCCGACUCAGUGGAAGUAGGACCACAGCUGGUGAUGUGGAAAUGACAUCACCUGAAUUAAAAAAGGGAUCAGUAAGUGUUUCUUUAUCUGGAAGAUCUAAAGACCUGCGAUCCGUUGACAUGGGUAAAGGUAGCAGUAGAGUAUCUGGCAUGAGCAUCAGCAGCAGCUCAGAGGCUAAGAUAAGUGGCAAAGGCCCAGGUGUGGACUUUAAAGACCAUACUGGUGAUGUAAAAAUGUCAAUGGUUUCAGUGGAGCAUGACAUGAAAGGAGCACCAUCUGGGAGUUUCAGUAUCUCUGGGCCUGAGGGAACUGUCCCAACACACAGGAUCUCAGACAUGGACAUCAAAUUAAAAGGACACAGCUUCAAAGGAGACCUUUCAUCUUCCACUAUGUCAACAGAAAUUACAGCUCCCAAUGUGGACAUUAAUGCUGGUCUUUCUGAAGCUUCAGACAUGCCAGGCAAAUUUAAGGCAGACAUUUGCAAAACAAGAUUUAACAUUGAAGCACCAAAAAUAAAAGGAGAUGCUAAUGCAUAUGUGAAAGGACUAAAGAUUGAAACAACAGAUAUCUCAUUAUCUGGUUCUGCCUCCAGAGGACAAAACAUUGAAGGUCCCAAUAUUGACAUCAAUGUCAAAAAACCAUUGAUAUCAGCAGGAGUUACUUCUCCUGGCACAGAUAUAGGUCGUGCUCUAGAUGGUGAUAUCAAAGGAACCAAAAUGCCUUCUAUUAGACUUAAAGGAGAGAGUACUGACAUUAAAAUGAGGGCACCAGAAAUUGGAGACAUCAGUGUCCAGAAUGUAGACAUGAGCAUUCCAGGCAUCAAAGGUCCAAAGGUUGACAUCAAAGGACCAAAAUUAAAAGGUGAUACUGCAACUUCAAAGAAAGAAGGUGUAACUCGGAGCAUUCAAAUUGCAGCACCAGAUAUAAAAACCAAAGAACCAGAUGGAGGAAUAAAAAUCCCCAGUAUCAAAGGUAAAGGGCCCAGUAUUAAAGGACCAAAAAUUGCUAUGACAAUGCCUGAUACUGGAAAACCGGGCAUAAAAAUUGAAGGAGACAUUAAAGCCCCAAAAGCAGACAGCAAAACAUUAGAUGAAGUAGGCACAGGCAUAGAAAUCUCUGAGUUCAAGAUCCCCAAAAUGAAAAUACCCUCAUUUGCAGUAAAAGGACAAGGGACAGAGGGCUGUGAUGUUCAAGGGGACAUGGCUUUCAAAGGCCCAAAAGUGAAUGUUGACCUGUCUGGGCCAAAGACAGAAGGUGAGAUCAAAGUUCAAAACAUUGAUAUUGAAGGACCGAAUGUGGCCAUUGGAGGUACUGGAGGUGGAUUCAGGAAGCCCAAAAUCCAAAUGCCGACAUUUGAAAUUAAAGGUCCUAAAGUUGAGGGUCCUGAUUUUGAUGUUAAUCUGCCAAAAGGUGACAUUGAUAUCAAAGGGCCAAAGCUUGAUAUCAAGGCACCAGACGUUGAUAUCGAGGGUCCAGAAAUGGACAUUGGAGGUCAGGAAGGUGGAUUUCAUAUUCCAAAAUUCAAACUGCCUAAGUUUGGUAUCAAAGGGCCAUAUAUUGAAAGUCCUGAUGUUGAUAUGAACCUGCCUAAAACAGAAAUUGAUGUCAAAGCACCAAAGAUUGAUAUUGAAGGACCUGAUGGUAAAAUCAAAGGACCAAAAUUCAACAUGCCAUCCAUAUCUGGACCCAAAAUCUCAAUGCCUGAUGUGGAUUUCAAUCUUGAAGGUCGAAAACUGAAAGGAGAUGUUGAUGUGUCAAUGCCAAAGGUUGAAGGUGAAAUCAAAAUCCCAAAAGUUGAUAUUGAAGGUCCAGGUUUAGAGAUUGAAGGUACUGAAGGCGGAUUCAAGAUGCCCAAAAUCAAAAUGCCAUCAUUUGGAUCGAGAGGUCCCAAAGUUCAGGGUCCUGAGGUUGACGUUAACCUGCCCAAAGCUGGGUUUGAUGUCAAAGGUCCAAAGGUUGAUAUUGAAGGGCCAGAAGUUGACAUUGAAGGGCCUGAUGGUAAAAUCAAAGGACCAAAAUUCAACAUGCCAUCCAUAUCUGGACCCAGAAUUUCAAUGCCUGAUGUGGAUUUCAAUCUUGAAGGUCGAAAACUGAAAGGAGAUGUUGAUGUAUCAAUGCCAAAGGUUGAAGGUGAAAUCAAAGUCCCAAAAAUUGAUAUUGAAGGUCCAGGUUUAGAGAUUGAAGGUACUGAAGGUGGGAUUAAAAUGCCGAAAAUCAAAAUGCCAUCAUUUGGAAUGAAAGGUCCCAAAGUUCAGGGUCCUGAGGUUGAUGUUAACCUGCCAAAAGCUGGGUUUGAUGUCAAAGGUCCAAAGGUUGAUAUUGAAGGACCAGAAGUUGACAUAGAAGGACCAGGUGGUAAAAUCAAAGGACCAAAAUUCAAGAUGCCAUCCAUAUCUGGACCCAACAUUUCAAUGCCUGAUGUAGAUUUCAAUCUUGAAGGUCGAAAACUGAAAGGAGAUGUUGAUGUGUCCAUGCCAAAGAUUGAAGGUGGAAUCAAAGGUCCAAAAGUUGAUAUUGAAGGUCCAGAUUUAGAGAUUGAAGGGACUGAAGGUGGAUUCAAGAUGCCCAAAAUCAAAAUUCCAUCAUUUGGAAUGAAAGGUCCCAAAGUUCAGGGUCCUGAGGUUGAUGUUAACCUGCCAAAAGCUGGGUUUGAUGUCAAAGGUCCAAAGGUUGAUAUUGAAGGACCAGAAGUUGACAUAGAAGGACCUGAUGGUAAAAUCAGAGGACCAAAAUUCAAGAUGCCAUCCAUAUCUGGACCCAGAAUUUCAAUGCCUGAUGUGGAUUUCAAUCUUGAAGGUCGAAAACUGAAAGGAGAUGUUGAUGUGUCCAUGCCAAAGGUUGAAGGUGAAAUCAAAGGUCCAAAAGUUGAUAUUGAAGGUCCAGAUUUAGAGAUUGAAGGUCCUGAAGGUGGAUUCAAGAUGCCCAAAAUCAAAAUGCCAUCAUUUGGAAUGAAAGGUCCCAAAGUUCAGGGUCCUGAGGUUGAUGUUAACUUGCCCAAAGCUGGGUUUGAUGUCAAAGGUCCAAAGGUUGACAUUGAAGGACCAGAAGUUGACAUAGAAGGACCUGAUGGUAAAAUCAGAGGACCAAAAUUCAAGAUGCCAUCCAUAUCUGGACCCAACAUUUCAAUGCCUGAUGUAGAUUUCAAUCUUGAAGGUCGAAAACUGAAAGGAGAUGUUGAUGUGUCCAUGCCAAAGGUUGAAGGUGGAAUCAAAGGUCCAAAAGUUGAUAUUGAAGGUCCAGAUUUAGAGAUUGAAGGGACUGAAGGUGGAUUCAAGAUGCCCAAAAUCAAAAUUCCAUCAUUUGGAAUGAAAGGUCCCAAAGUUCAGGGUCCUGAGGUUGAUGUUAACCUGCCAAAAGCUGGGUUUGAUGUCAAAGGUCCAAAGGUUGAUAUUGAAGGACCAGAAGUUGACAUAGAAGGACCUGAUGGUAAAAUCAGAGGACCAAAAUUCAAGAUGCCAUCCAUAUCUGGACCCAGAAUUUCAAUGCCUGAUGUGGAUUUCAAUCUUGAAGGUCGAAAACUGAAAGGAGAUGUUGAUGUGUCCAUGCCAAAGGUUGAAGGUGAAAUCAAAGGUCCAAAAGUUGAUAUUGAAGGUCCAGAUUUAGAGAUUGAAGGUACUGAAGGUGGAUUCAAGAUGCCCAAAAUCAAAAUGCCAUCAUUUGGAAUGAAAGGUCCCAAAGUUCAGGGUCCUGAGGUUGAUGUUAACCUGCCCAAAGCUGGGUUUGAUGUCAAAGGUCCAAAGGUUGAUAUUGAAGGACCAGAAGUUGACAUAGAAGGGCCUGAUGGUAAAAUCAGAGGACCAAAAUUCAAGAUACCAUCCAUAUCUGGACCCAAAAUCUCAAUGCCUGAUAUGGAUUUCAAUCUUGAAGGUCGAAAACUGAAAGGAGAUGUUGAUGUGUCCAUGCCAAAGGUUGAAGGUGAAAUCAAAGGUCCAAAAGUUGAUAUUGAAGGUCCAGAUUUAGAGAUCGAAGGUACUGAAGGUGGAUUCAAGAUGCCCAAAAUCAAAAUGCCAUCAUUUGGAAUGAAAGGUCCCAAAGUUCAGGGUCCUGAGGUUGAUGUUAACUUGCCCAAAGCUGGGUUUGAUGUCAAAGGUCCAAAGGUUGAUAUUCAAGGACCAGAAGUUGACAUAGAAGGACCUGAUGGUAAAAUCAGAGGACCAAAAUUCAAGAUACCAUCCAUAUCUGGACCCAAAAUCUCAAUGCCUGAUAUGGAUUUCAAUCUUGAAGGUCGAAAACUGAAAGGAGAUGUUGAUGUAUCAAUGCCAAAGGUUGAAGGUGAAAUCAAAGGUCCAAAAGUUGAUAUUGAAGGUCCAGAUUUAGAGAUUGAAGGUACUGAAAGUGGAUUCAAGAUGCCAAAAUUCAAAAUGCCAUCAUUUGGAAUGAAAGGUCCCAAGGUUCAGGGUCCUGAGGUUGAUGUUAACCUGCCAAAAGCUGGGUUUGAUGUCAAAGGUCCAAAGGUUGAUAUUCAAGGGCCAGAAGUUGACAUUGAAGGGCCUGAUGGUAAAAUCAAAGGACCAAAAUUCAAGAUGCCAUCCAUAUCUGGACCCAAAAUCUCAAUGCCUGAUGUGGAUUUCAAUCUUGAAGGUCGAAAACUGAAAGGAGAUGUUGAUGUGUCCAUGCCAAAGGUUGAAGGUGAAAUCAAAGGUCCAAAAGUUGAUAUUGAAGGUCCAGAUUUAGAGAUCGAAGGUACUGAAGGUGGAUUCAAGAUGCCCAAAAUCAAAAUGCCAUCAUUUGGAAUGAAAGGUCCCAAAGUUCAGGGUCCUGAGGUUGAUGUUAACCUGCCAAAAGCUGGGUUUGAUGUCAAAGGUCCAAAGGUUGAUAUUCAAGGGCCAGAAGUUGACAUUGAAGGGCCUGAUGGUAAAAUCAAAGGACCAAAAUUCAAGAUGCCAUCCAUAUCUGGACCCAAAAUCUCAAUGCCUGAUGUGGAUUUCAAUCUUGAAGGUCGAAAACUGAAAGGAGAUGUUGAUGUGUCCAUGCCAAAGGUUGAAGGUGAAAUCAAAGGUCCAAAAGUUGAUAUUGAAGGUCCAGAUUUAGAGAUCGAAGGUACUGAAGGUGGAUUCAAGAUGCCCAAAAUCAAAAUGCCAUCAUUUGGAAUGAAAGGUCCCAAAGUUCAGGGUCCUGAGGUUGAUGUUAACCUGCCAAAAGCUGGGUUUGAUGUCAAAGGUCCAAAGGUUGAUAUUCAAGGACCAGAAGUUGACAUUGAAGGGCCUGAUGGUAAAAUCAAAGGACCAAAAUUCAAGAUGCCAUCCAUAUCUGGACCCAAAAUCUCAAUGCCUGAUGUGGAUUUCAAUCUUGAAGGUCGAAAACUGAAAGGAGAUGUUGAUGUGUCCAUGCCAAAGGUUGAAGGUGAAAUCAAAGGUCCAAAGGUUGAUAUUGAAGGUCCAGAUUUAGAGAUUGAAGGUACUGAAGGUGGAUUCAAGAUGCCCAAAAUCAAAAUGCCAUCAUUUGGAAUGAAAGGUCCCAAAGUUCAGGGUCCUGAGGUUGAUGUUAACCUGCCAAAAGCUGGGUUUGAUGUCAAAGGUCCAAAGGUUGAUAUUGAAGGACCAGAAGUUGACAUUGAAGGGCCUGAUGGUAAAAUCAAAGGACCAAAAUUCAAGAUGCCAUCCAUAUCUGGACCCAAAAUCUCAAUGCCUGAUGUGGAUUUCAAUCUUGAAGGUCGAAAACUGAAAGGAGAUGUUGAUGUGUCCAUGCCAAAGGUUGAAGGUGGAAUCAAAGGUCCAAAAGUUGAUAUUGAAGGUCCAGAUUUAGAGAUUGAAGGGACUGAAGGUGGAUUCAAGAUGCCCAAAAUCAAAAUGCCAUCAUUUGGAAUGAAAGGUCCCAAAGUUCAGGGUCCUGAGGUUGAUGUUAACCUGCCAAAAGCUGGGUUUGAUGUCAAAGGUCCAAAGGUUGAUAUUGAAGGACCAGAAGUUGACAUUGAAGGGCCUGAUGGUAAAAUCAAAGGACCAAAAUUCAAGAUGCCAUCCAUAUCUGGACCCAAAAUCUCAAUGCCUGAUGUGGAUUUCAAUCUUGAAGGUCGAAAACUGAAAGGAGAUGUUGAUGUGUCCAUGCCAAAGGUUGAAGGUGAAAUCAAAGGUCCAAAAGUUGAUAUUGAAGGUCCAGAUUUAGAGAUUGAAGGUACUGAAGGUGGAUUCAAGAUGCCCAAAUUCAAAAUGCCAUCAUUUGGAAUGAAAGGUCCCAAAGUUCAGGGUCCUGAGGUUGAUGUUAACCUGCCAAAAGCUGGGUUUGAUGUCAAAGGUCCAAAGGUUGAUAUUCAAGGACCAGAAGUUGACAUUGAAGGGCCUGAUGGUAAAAUCAAAGGACCAAAAUUCAAGAUGCCAUCCAUAUCUGGACCCAAAAUCUCAAUGCCUGAUGUGGAUUUCAAUCUUGAAGGUCGAAAACUGAAAGGAGAUGUUGAUGUGUCCAUGCCAAAGGUUGAAGGUGAAAUCAAAGGUCCAAAAGUUGAUAUUGAAGGUCCAGAUUUAGAGAUUGAAGGUACUGAAGGUGGAUUCAAGAUGCCAAAAUUCAAAAUGCCAUCAUUUGGAAUGAAAGGUCCCAAAGUUCAGGGUCCUGAGGUUGAUGUUAACCUGCCCAAAGCUGGGUUUGAUGUCAAAGGUCCGAAGGUUGAUAUUGAAGGACCAGAAGUUGACAUUGAAGGGCCUGAUGGUAAAAUCAGAGGACCAAAAUUCAAGAUGCCAUCUAUAUCUGGACCUAAAAUCUCAAUGCCUGAUUUGGAUUUCAAUCUUGAAGGUCGAAAACUGAAAGGAGAUGUUGAUGUGUCCAUGCCAAAGGUUGAAGGUGAAAUCAAAGGUCCAAAAGUUGAUAUUGAAGGUCCAGAUUUAGAGAUUGAAGGUACUGAAGGUGGAUUCAAGAUGCCAAAAUUCAAAAUGCCAUCAUUUGGAAUGAAAGGUCCCAAAGUUCAGGGUCCUGAGGUUGAUGUUAACCUGCCCAAAGCUGGGUUUGAUGUCAAAGGUCCAAAGGUUGAUAUUGAAGGACCAGAAGUUGACAUUGAAGGGCCUGAUGGUAAAAUCAAAGGACCAAAAUUCAAGAUGCCAUCUAUAUCUGUACCCAAAAUCUCAAUGCCUGAUGUGGAUUUCAAUCUUGAAGGUCGAAAACUGAAAGGAGAUAUGGAUGUGCAAGUGCCAAAGAUUGAAGGUGAAAUCAAAGCUCCGGAAGUUGAUAUAGAAGGUCCAGAAAUGGAUAUUGGAGGUCACGAAGGUGGAUUUCAUAUGCCAAAAUUCAAACUUCCUAAGUUUGGUUUCAAAGGGCCAACGAUUGAAGGUCCUGAUGUUGAUAUGAACCUGCCUAAAACUGAGAUUGAUGUCAAAGCACCAAAGAUUGAUAUUGAAGGACCAGAAAUUGACAUUGAAGGACCGGAUGGGAAAAUCAGGGGACCAAAAUUCAAGAUGCCAUCAAUAACAAGUCCUAAAUUGACAAUGCCUGACUUUAAUCUUAAAGGUCCAAAACUGAAAGGAGAUAUGGAUGUGUCAAUGCCAAAAGUUGAAGGUGAAAUCAAAGGUCCAAAAGUUGAUAUUGAAGGUCCAGAUUUAGAGAUUGAAGGUCCUGAAGGUGGAUUCAAGAUGCCCAAAAUCAAAAUGCCAUCAUUUGGAAUGAAAGGUCCCAAAGUACAGGGUCCUGAGGUUGAUGUUAACCUGCCCAAAGCUGGGUUUGAUGUCAAAGGUCCAAAGGUUGAUAUUGAAGGACCAGAAGUUGACAUUGAAGGGCCUGACGUUGACAUUGUAGGGCCUGAUGGUAAAAUCAAAGGACCAAAAUUCAAGAUGCCAUCCAUAUCUGUCCCAAAAAUCUCAAUGCCUGAUGUGGAUUUCAAUCUUGAAGGUCGAAAACUGAAAGGAGAUAUGGAUGUGCAAGUGCCAAAGAUUGAAGGUGAAAUCAAAGCUCCAGAAGUUGAUAUUGAAGGUCCAGAAAUGGACAUUGGAGGUCACGAAGGUGGAUUUCAUAUGCCAAAAUUCAAACUGCCUAAGUUUGGUAUCAAAGGGCCAACAAUUGAAGGCCCUGAUGUUGAUAUGAACCUGCCUAAAACUGAGAUUGAUGUCAAAGCACCAAAGAUUGAUAUUGAAGGACCAGAAGUUGACAUUGAAGGACCUGAUGGUAAAAUCAAGGGACCAAAGUUCAAGAUGCCAUCCAUAACAAGUCCUAAAUUGACAAUGCCUGAUUUUAAUCUUAAAGGUCCAAAACUGAAAGGAGAUAUGGAUGUGUCAGUGCCAAAGGUUGAAGGUGAAAUCAAAGUUCCCAAGGUUGAUAUUGAAGGUCCAGAUUUAGAGAUUGAAAGUCCUGGAGGUGGAUUCAAGAUGCCAAAAAUCAAAAUGCCAUCAUUUGGAUUGAAAGGUCCCAAAGUUCAGGGUCCUGAGGUUGAUGUUAACCUGCCCAAAGCUGGGUUUGAUGUCAAAGGUCCAAAGGUUGAUAUUGAAGGACCAGAAGUUGACAUUGAAGGACCUGAUGGUAAAAUAAAAGGACCAAAAUUCAAGAUGCCGUCCAUGCCAAGUCCCAAAUUGACAAUGCCUGACGUGGACUUCAACCUGAGGGGGCCGAAAUUGAAAGGAGAUGUGGAUCUGUCAGUGCCAAAGGUUGAAGGUAAAAUCAAAGCUCCAGAAGUUGAUAUUGAAGGUCCAGAUUUAGAGAUUGAAAGUCCUGGAGGUGGAUUCAAGAUGCCCAAAAUCAAAAUGCCAUCAUUUGGAUUGAAAGGUCCCAAAGUUCAGGGUCCUGACGUUGAUGUUAACCUGCCCAAAGCUGGGUUUGAUUUCAAAGGUCCAAAGCUUGAUAUUGAAGGACCAGAAGUUGACAUUGAAGGGCCUGAUGGUAAAAUCAAAGGACCAAAAUUCAAGAUGCCAUCCAUAUCUGGACCCAAAAUCUCAAUGCCUGACGUGGAUUUCAAUCUUAAAAGUCCAAAACUGAAAGGAGAUAUGGAUGUGUCAAUGCCAAAGGUUGAAGGUGAAAUCAAAGGUCCAAAAGUUGAUAUUGAAGGUCCAGAUUUAGAUAUUGAAGGUCCUGAAGGUGGAUUUCACAUGCCAAAAUUCAAGUUGCCUAAGUUUGGUAUCAAAGUGCCCAAGAUUGACGGUCCUGAUGUUGAUAUUAAUCUUCCUGAAGCUGAUAUUGAUCUCAAAGUACCAAAGGUUGAUAUUGAAGGUCCAGAAGUUGACAUCGAAGGACCCGGUGGUAAAAUCAAAGGACCAAAAUUCAAGAUGCCGUCCAUGCCAAGUCCCAAAUUGGCAAUGCCUGAUGUGGACUUCAACCUGAAGGGGCCAAAAGUGAAAGGAGAUGUGGAUGUGUCAAUGCCAAAGGUUGAAGGUGAAAUCAAAGCUCCUAAAGUUGAUAUCGAAGGUCCAGAUUUAGAUAUUGAAGGUCCUGAAGGUGGAUUUCACAUGCCAAAAUUCAAGUUGCCUAAGUUUGGUAUCAAAGUGCCCAAGAUUGAAGGUCCUGAUGUUGAUAUUAAUCUUCCUGAAGCUGACAUUGAUGUCAAAGCACCAAAGGUUGAUAUUGAAGGUCCAGAAGUUGACAUUGAAGGACCCAGUGGUAAAAUCAAAGGACCAAAAUUCAAGAUGCCAUCUAUAUCUGGACCCAAAAUCUCAAUGCCUGAUGUGGAUUUCAAUCUUAAAAGUCCAAAACUGAAAGGAGAUAUGGAUGUGUCAAUGCCAAAGGUUGAAGGUGAAAUCAAAGCUCCAAAAGUUGAUAUUGAAGGUCCAGAUUUAGAUAUUGAAGGUCCUGAAGGUGGAUUUCACAUGCCAAAAUUCAAAAUGCCAUCAUUUGGAAUGAAAGGUCCCAAAGUUCAGGGUCCUGAGGUUGAUGUUAACCUGCCCAAAGCUGGGUUUGAUGUCAAAGGUCCGAAGGUUGAUAUUGAAGGGCCAGAAGUUGACAUAGAAGGGCCUGAUGGUAAAAUCAAAGGACCAAAAUUCAAGAUGCCGUCCAUGCCAAGUCCCAAAUUGGCAAUGCCUGAUGUGGACUUCAACCUGAAGGGGCCAAAAGUGAAAGGAGAUGUGGAUGUGUCAAUGCCAAAGGUUGAAGGUGAAAUCAAAGCUCCUAAAGUUGAUAUCGAAGGUCCAGAUUUAGAUAUUGAAGGUCCUGAAGGUGGAUUUCACAUGCCAAAAUUCAAGUUGCCUAAGUUUGGUAUCAAAGUGCCAAAGAUUGAAAGUCCUGAUGUUGAUAUUAAUCUUCCUAAAGCUGAUGUUGGUGUCAAAGUACCAAAGGUUGAUAUUGAAGGGCCAGAAGUUGACAUUGAAGGACCCAGUGGUAAAAUUAAAGGACCAAAAAUAAAGAUGCCAUCCAUACCAAGUCCUAAAUUGACAAUGCCUGAUGUGGACUUCAACCUGAAGGGGCCAAAAUUGAAAGGAGAUGUGGAUGUGUCAAUGCCAAAGGUCCAAGGUGAAAUCAAAGCUCCAAAAGUUGAUAUUGAAGGUCCAGAUGUUAACAUUGAAGGUUCAGAAGGUGGAUUCAAGAUGCCUAAAUUUAGAAUGCCCAAAUUUGGAUUUAAGGGUCCAAAAGUGGAGGGCCCUGAUGUUGACCUAAAUCUCCCUAAAGCUGACAUUAAUAUCAAAGGACCACAGGUUGAUAUUCCUAGUCCUGAAAUGAAUAUUGAAGGACCUGAAGGGAAAAUCAAAGGACCAAGGUUCAAGUUGCCAUCCUUAUCCAGUCCAAAAAUCAGUAUGCCUGAUGUUGAUCUCAACGUGAAAGGACCAAAGAUCAAGGGCGAUGUGGACAUGUCAGGACCAAAGUUUGAAGGUGAUGUCAAAGGGCCGAAAGUUGACAUUCAUGAGCCUGAUGUCGAUGUAAAGGGCCCUGAAGGAGGAUUUAAAAUGCCAAAAUUCAAGAUGCCCAAAUUUGGGUUUAAAGGUCCUAAAUUUGAGGUUCCCGAUGUUGAUGUGAACCUUCCAAAAGCUGACAUUGAUAUCAAAACCCCAAAAGUUAACAUUGAAAGUCCAGAUGUUGACAUUGAUGCCCCAGACAUAGAUAUUGAAGGGCCUGAUGGUAAAAUAAAGGGACUGAAAUUCAAGAUGCCAUCUAUAUCUGGACCCAAAAUCUCAAUGCCUGAUGUGGAUUUCAAUCUUAAAAGUCCAAAACUGAAAGGAGAUAUGGAUGUGUCAAUGCCAAAGGUUGAAGGUGAAAUCAAAGGUCCAAAAGUUGAUAUUGAAGGUCCAGAUUUAGAUAUUGAAGGUCCUGAAGGUGGAUUUCACAUGCCAAAAUUCAAGUUGCCUAAGUUUGGUAUCAAAGUGCCCAAGAUUGAAGGUCCUGAUGUUGAUAUGAAUCUUCCUAAAGGUGACAUUGAUAUCAAAGGGCCAAAUAUUGAUAUUGAAGGACCUGGAAAGAUUAAAAUGCCCAAAUUUGGCUUCAGAGGUCCAAAAAUUGAAGGCCCUGACUUGGAAGGACCUGACCUUGACAUUGAAGGACCAGAAGGGAAGAUCAAAGGCCCUAAGAUUAAGUUGCCAUCAAUAUCUGGGCCAGAUUUUAGUAUUCCUGAUGUGGACUUUGGCCUUAAGGGUCCCCAAAUAGAAGGCGGCAUAAAAGGACCAUCUGUCGACAUUGAAGGGCCUGAUAUGAACAUUGAAGGUGGACUGAAGAUGCCAAAGAUCAAAAUGCCAAAGUUUGGAGGAAAAGGUCCUCAGAUUGAAGGGCCAGACAUUGACAUCUCUGGUCCAAAUAUUGAAGGGGACAUCGAAGUUCCAGAUGUUGAUGUUGACGUGCCUGGAGGUAAAUUCAAAGUUCCCAAAUUCAAGAUGCCUUCUAUCACUGGUCCUCACAUGAAAAUGCCUGAAUUCAAUCUUAAAGGCCCCAAAAUAGAAGGUGGCAUAAAAGGACCAAACAUAGAUAUGGAUAUGCCAGACCUGAAUAUUGAGAGCCCUGAUCUUAACAUUGAAGGACCUGAAGGAAAUGUUAAAGGACCCAAAUUUAAAAUGCCAAAGAUAUCAGGGCCUGACAUCAAAAUGCCAGAUUUUAAUCUUAAUCUGAAAGGACCCAAAGUAGGGGGAGACAUAAAAGGGCCUAAUGUUGAUCUUGAAGCACCUGAUGUCAACAUUGAAGGUCCAGACAUUGAACUGGAAGGAGAAGGUGGAUUCAAGAUGCCAAAACUUAAAAUGCCCAAAUUUGGCUUCAGAGGUCCAAAGAUUGAAGGCCCUGAUGUUGACAUUUCAGGCGACUUGGAAGGACCUGACCUUGACAUUGAAGGACCAGAAGGGAAGAUCAAAGGCCCUAAGAUUAAGUUGCCAUCAAUAUCUGGGCCAGAUUUUAGUAUUCCUGAUGUGGACUUUGGCCUUAAGGGUCCCCAAAUAGAAGGCGGCAUAAAAGGACCAUCUGUCGACAUUGAAGGGCCUGAUAUGAACAUUGAAGGUGGACUGAAGAUGCCAAAGAUCAAAAUGCCAAAGUUUGGAGGAAAAGGUCCUCAGAUUGAAGGGCCAGACAUUGACAUCUCUGGUCCAAAUAUUGAAGGGGACAUCGAAGUUCCAGAUGUUGAUGUUGACGUGCCUGGAGGUAAAUUCAAAGUUCCCAAAUUCAAGAUGCCUUCUAUCACUGGUCCUCACAUGAAAAUGCCUGAAUUCAAUCUUAAAGGCCCCAAAAUAGAAGGUGGCAUAAAAGGACCAAACAUAGAUAUGGAUAUGCCAGACCUGAAUAUUGAGAGCCCUGAUCUUAACAUUGAAGGACCUGAAGGAAAUGUUAAAGGACCCAAAUUUAAAAUGCCAAAGAUAUCAGGGCCUGACAUCAAAAUGCCAGAUUUUAAUCUUAAUCUGAAAGGACCCAAAGUAGGGGGAGACAUAAAAGGGCCUAAUGUUGAUCUUGAAGCACCUGAUGUCAACAUUGAAGGUCCAGACAUUGAACUGGAAGGAGAAGGUGGAUUCAAGAUGCCAAAACUUAAAAUGCCCAAAUUUGGCUUCAGAGGUCCAAAGAUUGAAGGCCCUGAUGUUGACAUUUCAGGCGACUUGGAAGGACCUGACCUUGACAUUAAAGGACCAGAAGGGAAGAUCAAAGGCCCUAAGAUUAAGUUGCCAUCAAUAUCUGGGCCAGAUUUUAGUAUUCCUGAUGUGGACUUUGGCCUUAAGGGUCCCCAAAUAGAAGGCGGCAUAAAAGGACCAUCUGUCGACAUUGAAGGGCCUGAUAUGAACAUUGAAGGUGGACUGAAGAUGCCAAAGAUCAAAAUGCCAAAGUUUGGAGGAAAAGGUCCUCAGAUUGAAGGGCCAGACAUUGACAUCUCUGGUCCAAAUAUUGAAGGGGACAUCGAAGUUCCAGAUGUUGAUGUUGACGUGCCUGGAGGUAAAUUCAAAGUUCCCAAAUUCAAGAUGCCUUCUAUCACUGGUCCUCACAUGAAAAUGCCUGAAUUCAAUCUUAAAGGCCCCAAAAUAGAAGGUGGCAUAAAAGGACCAAACAUAGAUAUGGAUAUGCCAGACCUGAAUAUUGAGAGCCCUGAUCUUAACAUUGAAGGACCUGAAGGAAAUGUUAAAGGACCCAAAUUUAAAAUGCCAAAGAUAUCAGGGCCUGACAUCAAAAUGCCAGAUUUUAAUCUUAAUCUGAAAGGACCCAAAGUAGGGGGAGACAUAAAAGGGCCUAAUGUUGAUCUUGAAGCACCUGAUGUCAACAUUGAAGGUCCAGACAUUGAACUGGAAGGAGAAGGUGGAUUCAAGAUGCCAAAACUUAAAAUGCCCAAAUUUGGCUUCAGAGGUCCAAAGAUUGAAGGCCCUGAUGUUGACAUUUCAGGCGACUUGGAAGGACCUGACCUUGACAUUGAAGGACCAGAAGGGAAGAUCAAAGGCCCUAAGAUUAAGUUGCCAUCAAUAUCUGGGCCAGAUUUUAGUAUUCCUGAUGUGGACUUUGGCCUUAAGGGUCCCCAAAUAGAAGGUGGCAUCAAAGGGCCAUCUGUUGACAUUGAAGGGCCUGAUAUGAACAUUGAAGGUGGACUGAAGAUGCCAAAGAUCAAAAUGCCAAAGUUUGGAGGAAAAGGUCCUCAGAUUGAAGGGCCAGACAUUGACAUCUCUGGUCCAAAUAUUGAAGGGGACAUCGAAGUUCCAGAUCUUGACGUUGACGUGCCUGGAGGUAAAUUCAAAGUUCCCAAGUUCAAGAUGCCAUCCAUCACUGGUCCUCACAUGAAAAUGCCUGAAUUCAAUCUCAAAGGCCCCAAAAUAGAAGGUGACAUAAAAGGACCAAAUGUUGAUCUUGAAGCACCUGAUGUCAACGUUGAAGGUCCAGACCUUCAACUGAAAGGAGAAGGUGGAUUCAAGAUGCCAAAACUUAAAAUGCCAAAAUUUGGCUUCAGAGGUCCAAAAAUUGAAGGUCCUGAUGUUGACAUUUCAGGUGACUUGGAAGGACCUGACCUUGACAUUGAAGGACCAGAAGGGAAGAUCAAAGGCCCUAAGAUUAAGUUGCCAUCAAUAUCUGGGCCAGAUAUUAGUAUUCCUGAUGUGGACUUUGGCCUUAAGGGUCCCCAAAUAGAAGGUGGCAUCAAAGGGCCAUCUGUCGACUUUGAAGGGCCUGAUAUGAACAUUGAAGGUGGACUGAAGAUGCCAAAGAUCAAAAUGCCAAAGUUUGGAGGAAAAGGUCCUCAGAUUGAAGGGCCAGACAUUGACAUCUCUGGUCCAAAUAUUGAAGGGGACAUCGAAGUUCCAGAUGUUGACGUUGAGGUGCCUGGAGGUAAAUUCAAAGUUCCCAAGUUCAAGAUGCCAACUAUCACUGGUCCUCACAUGAAAAUGCCUGAAUUCAGUCUCAAAGGCCCCAAGAUAGAAGGUGACCUAAAAGGGCCAAAUGUUGAUCUUGAAGCACCUGAUGUCAACAUUGAAGGUCCAGACCUUCAACUGAAAGGAGAAGGUGGAUUCCAGAUGCCAAAAAUUAAAAUGCCGAAGUUUGGAGGAAAAGGUCCUCAGAUUGAAGGGCCAGACAUUGACAUCUCUGGUCCAAAUAUUGAAGGGGACAUCGAAGUUCCAGAUGUUGAUGUUGACGUGCCUGGAGGUAAAUUCAAAGGUCCUUCAUUCAAGAUGCCAGAAUUCAAUAUCAAAGGCCCCAAAAUAGGAGGUGGCAUAAAAGGACCAGAUAUAAAAGGACCUAAAGUAGAGGGAGAUGUAAAAGGGCCCAGUCUAGAUCUUGAAGUACCUGAUGUCAACAUUGAAGUCCCAAAGAUUGAUAUUGACAGUCCCAGUUUCAACAUUGAAAAGCCAGAGAUACAUUUCCCAAAAUUCAAAGGGCCCAAGUUUGGAAUGAAGUUUCCGAAAAUAGAAGGACCAGAAGUGGAGCUUCCUUCUGGAGAGCUUGAUCUUAAAGCACCCAGUCCUGACAUUGACCUCCAAGCUCCUGAUGUCAACCUAGAAGGUCCAGAUGCACAUAUCAAAAUGCCUAAAAUCAAGAUGCCCAGAUUCCACUUAGGUAGUAAGAGUCCUAAAGCAGAUGUCAAAUUUCCUGAAGCUGAUGUUGAUCUUGAAAGCCCUGGCAUUGAUAUUAAUCUAAAAGGGAAAAAGGGCAAGUUUAAAAUGCCUAAAAUGAAAGGGAAGGUAAAAAAGCCUGAUGUCAAUAUUGAUGCUAACUUACCUGACAUUGAUUUGGAAGUUGACUCACCUGAGCUUCAUCUGAAAGGCCCCAAAGUAAAGAAACCAUUAUUUGGGAAGCUACAUUUCCCUGAUGUUGAGUUUGAUAUAAAAUCCCCAAAGGUUAAGGGUGAUGGCUCCCUCUCUGGCACUUUAAAGACCUCUGAUAUGGAUGUACCUUCAGCUAGCCUUAAAGCAGAUAUGAAAGGUUCAGAUAUUGACUUACCAGAUGUUCAUUUGGAGGGUCCAGAUGUGAAAAUGAAAAAACCCAAAAUCAAAUUGCCCAAGGUAAAUAUUUCAGGGCCAAAACUCAAGGCCCCUGAAUUUGAUCUGAAGGGUCCACAGUUUGAUGCUCCUGAUGUGGACGCCAGCUUGGACAUGUCAGGUAUGAACAUUGAAGGUGCGAAUGUUAAAGGCAAGCUGAAGUUUGAUGGGCCUGAUGUUGAAUUUGAAGGACCUGGAGGAAAGUUGCAGGGCCCUGGCUUCAAGAUGCCUUCCUUGGAUAUUAAAGCACCAAAACUAUCUGUUCCUGAUUUAAAUUUGAAGGGACCCAAAAUCAAAGGUGACUUGGUUUCUGGGGAAAUAAAGGGACCCACAGUUGAUGUAGAGGGUCCCAGUGUAGACCUAGAAGGACCAGAGGGGAACAUUAAAGGUCCAGGAUUGAAGAUGCCAUCAUUUAACGUCAAGGCACCCAAGAUAACUGUACCAGAUAUUGACCUGAACCUUAAAGGACCCAGAGUUAAGGGAGACAUGGGUGUUUCAGGUGGAAUAAAGGGCCCCACUGCUGACCUAGGCAUAGACAUUGAUAGUCCUGAUGGAAAUAUUAAAGGUCCGUCAUUCAAGAUUCCAUCUCUUGACAUUAAUGCACCAAAGAUUACUGCACCAGGUAUCAGCUUAAAGGCACCUACAAUCAAAGGUGAUAUUGACAUAUCAGGGGAUUUGAAAGUUCCAAGCGCAGAUGUAGAGGGGCCAGAUGUAGACAUCAAUGGGCCCGAUGGAAAGAUCAAGGGUCCAAGUUUUAAGAUGCCAUCCUUUGAUAUAAAAGCACCAAAGAUCUCUCUACCUGAUGUUGAUCUCAAUCUUGAAGGACCAAAGAUAAAAGGAGAUAUGGACCUUUCUGGAGAUGCAAGUUUUGAGGGUCCAGAUAUUGGAGCUGGCAGUGGAAUAAAAAUUCCAAAGAUUGGGUUUAAAGGUCCUAAUAUUCAAGGCUCAGAUAUGGACAUGAGCCUCCCCACAGCUGAUAUUGAUGUCAAAGGGCCAAACGUUGAUAUGAAAUGUCCAGAGCUAGGAUUUGAAGGACUUGAUGGUAAGGUUGAGGGGCCCAAAUUUAGUAUGCCAUCCAUAUCUGGCCCUAAGAUCUCAUUGCCUGAUUUGGACUUCCGUGUAAAAGGCCCAAAAGUUAAGGGAGAUGUGGAUGUUGACAUUAAAGGUCCAAAAGGUGAUGUAAAGGGCCCGAGCAUAGAUAUUAAGACACCCGAACUAGAUUUGGAAGCACCAGAAUUAAAAGGGAAGAAAUCCAAGUUUAAGAUGCCUAAGUUUAGUUUUGGGAGUCCAAAGCUGGAGGGUACUGACAUUGAUGUCAACAUGAAAGGUCCACAAAUCAGUGGUGGUCUUGACACUUGUGGAGGCGAGAUAUCCGGAGAAGGGCCCACUCUGAAAGUAGGUACUCCAGAGUUGAGUCUGAAAGGACCACAAAUCACAGGUGGAGGGCUGGACAUCAAAGGGGAGGCAGGAAUGGACACAGAAAUGUCAGGUGGAAUUGAAUUCCCAGAGGGCAAGGUCACCUUUCCAAAGAUCAAAGUUCCCAAGUUUGGCAUUUCCCUGCCUCACUUGGAAGGUCCUGAGAUGGGAGUAGACAUUGGAACAGGAGGGGCAUCUGGCAUCAACAUCCAAAGCCCUUCAGCUGGCGGACAUGUCAGUACCCCGGAUCUUGAUGUGCACACCCCUGAGAUAAAGUCCAGUGGGGGUGCAAAAACCAAAGUAAAGAUGCCCAAAUUCUUUGGCAAGUCUAAAAUCAAGGGAGACAGUGCAAGUGAUCUGAGCUUUCAUGGACCAGAGGUGGAACUGUCAGGUGUAAAAAGCUCCAAAGGACUGAGUCUGAGCUCUGGAGAAUUGCUUAGUGGCAAGAUUGAAGGAGGUGCUGGAUUACAUGUGUCAUCUAAGAGCAAGUCUGCCUCACUCGAUCUGUUCAAGAAAUCAAGACAUCGUUCCUCCUCAUUGAGUGAUGAGGGAGGUCUGGCCUCCUCCUCUCCUACUGGGCACUUACAGGCUGAGGGUGGGGACGUCUCCCUGGAUACAGGGGGUAUCAAGGCCAAGGGAAAGAAGGGAAAGUUGAAGUUUGGCACUUUUGGUGGCUUUGGCUCCAAGUCCAAAGGCUCCUAUGAAGUGACAUUUGGUGAAGAGGGUGAAGCAAGAGUAGAGGGAAGUGGAGGUGUUUCUCUCCCAUCUAAGAAGUCCAGAAUCUCCUCAUCCUCCAGCAGUGAUAGUGGGACUAAAACGGGCUUCCGAUUCCCGCGUGUUGAGUUAGCGGUUUCCCCAAAGAAGUAGUGUGGCCGUUGUGUCUGAUCCUGCCCCCCCUACACCAACCCUACAAAACGUAUUCCACCCACCCAUAGCUUUCUCCUGAUCAUCAUUACCUAAGUCCCACCACUAUCAUCUCAAAUUUUUUAAAUUGGGGCAAAGAAUUCAGGCUGAUUUUCAAAACUUAUCUCCAGUACAACAUUUAGGCAAUGUUACAGAAAUAACCAGAUUGUCUUUCAAUUAACCCCCCUGCCUCACACACACAUACAUAUUUACCUUAACUAAUCACACUGGAGCAUGUUUUUUUCUUUUUUUUUUCAAAAGUCAAACUUUUAACUGUAAAUAGGACAAAUCAGUUUUGUAUUUUUGAAAACUUUUUUUGUAUAUAAUUAUAUUUUAUUGAACAUACCCAAUUUCACUUUUUUCUUCCCUCCCUACACAAUGCCUUGUAUGCAAAUAUCCAAAGUAAAAAAGGUUUCAGUUUCUGUACUUUAAAAAAUGAUAUUAGUCAUGCUAUUUUUGUAUCUUUGAAAUGUAAAAAAGAAACUAGUCCGAAGUCAAAAACAAAAGCAAUACUAUGGUUUAAAUGGUUCUUUACAAGGAUGUGUGUCUAUAUACAUGCAUAUAUAUAAAUGCAGAGCAGCAUCAUUUUUAUAUAUAAACAAAUGUUUUAUUUGCCUUUAUUUUGGAGCUUAAAUAAUGUAACCUAUGCCGCAAAAUGUAUACUUUCCAGAGAGCUACAUUUUUACAUUUUCAGUUAGAGAAACAACACCAAUGCUGGUAGUGACCAUAAUUGCAAAGAGAAUCAAUGAUGUAUGUUUGUGCAUACUACUUAACUGCUGUUAGGACUUAAGUUGCACUAGAAUACUGCCACACAUCAGGACUGCUUUAUAAAACAAUGGCUACACAACAUGGAAAACAUAUGUAUAUGAACAGAAUGGGAGAGUAAAUGCAUAGUAUAUGUUGACUUGAGGUCUAAGGCUAAAGUUAAAACUGCAAGGCAGUGUCCUAGUGUGACAUCAAGGUGGCCCCUAUGGUUAUUUGUAUAAUAUAAUAUUUUCAUGUUUUGUCUUUUGUAAUGUGUCAUGAGGAAGUAAAAUACAUAUUCAAAAUGAAUACAAAGAUUUCUAAUGUGGAUUUGAAUAGACAGUAAAUUAUAGCUCCCAUGGUGUCAAAUGUCUACUGAGGAAUCAUACAAUGUGAUGAAAUGCAGCCUUUAGAGUGUUGUGGCCUUAAAUGCAUUUACUCAGCUGUAGUCUACACAAGACUGAAAGCUGACCUGCAACUGCACAACCAUUCCCUCUAAACCAUCUGCCUUGUGGUGAAUCUCCCUUUCUCUCUCUCUCUCUCUCUCUCUCAUAGAAAGGCUGUGGUGGUUUUUUUGGUGAGGGUAGGAAAGUGUUAGUUGUGAUGCUGUGUUGUAAUGCCACUUGUAUGUAGAAUGAAUUUAUUAUGUGAUGCUGCCGCUUAAAGACAGUGCUUUCACUAAGGGAGAAACAUAUGUAAUGUUUAUUUUCCUCAUUUCUCAGUAACAACUAAUUGAUUUCUUUAAGAGUCAUUGGGAUGUAGAAAUGGUUUUGUCUUUUUUCUUUUAAAUGAUUCAGCUACAAAACAAACUACAAAUAAACCAUUUAAUUAACCUCA